UUUUAUUGCUCCAGCCUUCUCAAAAUGUAAAAAAGGACCCCAACAAUAUUUAUCAUUUGUUUGAGGUGAUAAUGUUCUAUUUCUUUGUUUCAGUUUCCAGUUCAUGAUCUCAAUGAUCUAUGAUGAAUGACUAUUGCUAAAUUAGCUGCAAUAUGAGUUGUGUUCAGCUUUGCAACAAAGGUCAUAGGUGCUUUCAUUUCUAGCAGCAGCGGCGUUGUCGCCAUGUUCAACCGGUUCAAGUCGGCGCUGCUGAGCUCCGUGGGCGCGGCCGAGUCGGCGGCGGCGGUGGCGCAGGCGGCCGUUACCGACGGCGCAGAGGCGGCCGGCGGGCCCGCUGCUCGCCCCGCCAAGUUCGCCUACGGCCGGCCGGCGUUCCUGCAGCUGGAGACGGAGGACGAGCUGCAGGUGGCCGGCGACCGGGUCAUCCGGCCCAUCAUCGUGCCGCGCGACAGCAGCCGGCUGCCCUGGACCGCCGGAUACGCCGAAGCGGUGAACGCCGGUAAGAGUAAACGUAACGAGGACGCGGCUGCGGUGUACACGGGCGUGCUGCACCAGCCGCCGCCGGGCGGGCCGGCCGGAGACGGGGACGGGGACGGACUGCAGCGCACCGGCCGCUCCGUACCCUACUACUACUUUGGUCUGUUUGACGGCCACGCCGGCCACGGCGCGUCGGUGGCGGCCGCCCACCAGCUGCACCACAUCAUACACGAGCGUCUGGUGGACGUGCUGGACCACCUGUUGCCGCCGGACCCGUCAGCUGCCGAGGCCGCCCCGGCGCCCGGGGUGCGGGCCGCCUCCCUCUGGAUACCCGCCGAGGAGGUGGCUCCGGAAAAACUGGUCACCGGCGCUCUGGAGGCGGCCUUCAACGAUAUGGACGCGCUGAUAGCCGAGGACCGUCUCAAGUACGACAUGCGCGGCGGCUGCACGGCCGUGGUGGCGCUCCUCUUACUGGGUCGGCUGUACGUGGCCAACGCGGGCGACUCGCGCGCCACCUACUGCCGCCAUGGCCGAGCAGUGAUCGCCUCACACGACUUCACCCCGGAGACGGAGCGGCACCGCGUCAGACAGCUGGCCUGUCAGCAGCCGGCGCUGACUGGCGGAGAGUUUACUCACCUGGAUUUUGCCCGCCGGGUCGGUCGCCGAGACCUGGGCAAACGGGUGCUGUACCGGGACGCACACAUGACCGGCUGGGCGUACAAGACGGUCACUGAGCGAGACCUGCGCUUCCCCAUCGUGUGCGGCGACGGAAAACGGAGUCGGGUGUGUGCCACAAUCGGAGUGACUCGCGGCUUCGGUGACCACGACCUCAAGGCGCAGAACACCAACGUCAACAUCAAGCCCUUCCUCUCCUCCCAGCCGCAGGUGCUGGUGGUUGACCUGGAGGAAGAGGCGGUCACCGAGUCGGACGUGCUGGUUAUGGCCACCGACGGCCUCUGGGACGUCAUCUCCAACGAGCGCGCCGCAGAGCUGGUGGAACAGUCGCUGGCUGCCUUCCCCGCUGAUGACGUCACCAAACGGCGAUAUAGGUGCACAUCGGCGGCGCAGGACCUGGUGAUGUCGGCGCGCGGGAAGCUGAAGGAGCGGCUGUGGCGGCUCUCGGACGGCACCAUGGCCACCAUCGACGACAUCAGCGUCUUCGUCGUGCCCAUGCUGCCCUAUAGGGAGGAACAUCUCCUCUGGAAGCUGGGCCAAGAGGCGUCCGCAGUGCGAUGCGCGCCGGCCGAGCCGCCGUCGGGGGUCCGCCAGGUGUCUGAGCCGGCACAGCUGGACCGCUACCAGAGCCUGGUGGAGCAGUGCGGCCGGCCCUCACCGCCGGCGGGUACCUCGCCGAGCGGCAACUCAAGUGGAGCAGCGACAGCAGCAGCAGCGGCAGCGGCAGAGGACCCGGUGGAGACCGGCGUAGAGCCCGAGUUUGCCGACGCCGAGACCGGUGAGCCGACGGCGGCCAACGGUCCGGUACCGGCGGCGAACGGGCCCUCCGGCACCCCGUCGGCGGCCGAGCAGGUGGGGACGGUGCCGGUCACCUGGUUCGGAGGGGAGGACGCGACUCCGGUGCGCCGGCCAGCGCCCCGGUAGCCGCGCUGACCCGGACCCGAGCUCAGAGGCGUGGUGCGCUGGAGAGGACUGAUGCGGUGAGAUGUGUCUAUUUAUACGGGGUGCGUGUGUGUGGAGUGGGUGGUUUUAGUAUCGCGCACCAGGCGCCGUUCGGGUCUCUUGUGCUACCUCACGUGACCGAGAGGGCGGCAAGGCUGUGCUGGUGAGACGCGAGGCUCGGGGCUACCUCUGUGGGUACCUGGCAGCAGUGAGACACCCACUAUGGAAUGGCACUGAUAGGGACUCGAGUGGUCCACUCUCCGUUCAAUGAGUGAAUCGCGUCUGCGAGAAGCAAAGGAGCGGCUCUCACAGUGUCCCGUGCCGCUCUGAGCCCUGAUCCGUGCCGCUGUUUGUGGGUCACGAACUUUUGUCCAAAGCACUCGGUCGGGUUCGCGUUACAUUCCCCCUGGGCAUGCUCUCCGCGCUAUUGAAGGGCUAAUUUGGCAUUCCGGUGUUCCGCCUGUAUUGGCUUAUGUGUUUUUGUGUUGAGGCAGACGGAUUCCGUUGUUCGUUGAUAAAUGUGUUAUUCUUAUUGUGAUAAAGUCGCUUAGUUAGGAGAAAAUCACGGAAUGCAAUCUUGCCAAUGUUUGAAUAAUCGUUUCUUGUAAUCGGUCGUUUUUCCGGCGUAAUUGGUAAUGGUUCAUUAUUUUUCCAGGGGUUAGUGUUAUUCGUUGUGCCGCUGUGUCGAUUCCCACCUGGUGUUUUAAAGGGCGGGUGAAGUGUGCAAUCAAUAUGGAACUGAUAUAUACUUUGUAUUGGUUUUACUGCAGUGUUAUGAACCUCGGUGAGCUAAGAAAAUGCUGCACUGUUAUAUGCAGUCAGAA